AUGGCAGCCUCCGUAGUAUCUCUCUUUUCCCUGAGCGGCCGCACCGCCGUGGUUACCGGUGGCACGCGCGGCAUCGGCCAAGCCAUGGCCUUUGCUCUGGCCGAGGCCGGCGCCGAUAUCAUUCUGGUCCAACGCGAUGAGUCCAACACCGCGACCAGAGACGAGAUUGUCCGCUUGGGUCGUAAGGCUCAUAUUCAUGUCGCCGAGCUGUCAGACCGCAAGGCCGUGAAGCAGAUCAUUCCUGCGGUCACGAGCCAAGGGUUCAAGCCCGACAUCCUGCUGAACUGUGCGGGCAUUCAACGGCGGCACCCGAGCGAGCAGUUCCCCGAUGAGGACUGGGAUGAGGUGAGUCUUUUUUCUUUUCCCCCGGCAAGCUUCCGGGCAAGCUAUCUUCGAUUUGAAACGGCGCAGAUCGCUGACCCGAAAAUUCAUGAACAGGUCAUCGAAGUCAACCUCUCCCAAGUCUUCAUCCUGUGCCGCGAGUUCGGCGCCUACUUGCUAGCUCGCGACGCCUCCGAGUUCCCCUCCGGCCGGCGGGGCUCCAUCAUCAACGUCGCGUCGCUGCUCACCUUCCAGGGUGGCAUCACGGUGCCUGCAUAUGCCGCGUCCAAGGGCGGUGUGGGCCAGCUGACCAAGGCGCUGUCCAACGAGUGGGUGGCCAAGGGAAUUAAUGUGAACGCCAUUGCCCCUGGGUACAUUGCCACGGACAUGAACACCGCUUUGAUCAAUGAUGCGAACCGGAAUGCCGGUAUCAUGGCACGAAUCCCCGCCGGUCGGUGGGGCCAGCCAGAGGACUUCAAGGGUGUGGUCGUCUUCUUGGCUAGUGGCGCCAGUAGCUAUGUGUCUGGUGAAAUCAUCACGGUGGAUGGUGGGUGGAUGGGUCGGUAG